CUGAGCUCGACUCUACAUCAGGAAAACCUUUAGCAACUGGAAAAAUGUUUUUUCGCACUCAUGGGUUCACAAGAUAAAAAUGAUGCCUAUUCAACAUAUCAGUAUGCUGAUAAGUUUUCAAAGAUUGAAAACUAUAUCACACACAAUUAUGAUAUUUACCAGUACAGUUCCAGUUUAGCUAUUGCUCCUGGAGUUCUAAUCCGUUUUCUGCUGGACAAAAAAUAUGACAAUGUUUUAGCAGAAACUGUGCCCUGGGAGGGUGUUGAAACAGUGACAAUAUUACUAUCAGAUUGUGGCACACAAAGUCUUCAAGCUAAACUCUCAUCAAACGUUCCAGAAUUCUUUUAUGGACCAGAGUAUGAUGAUGUUGGUCUACAGCUCUACACUGAAGACGGUAAAGCUUGUGCUCGACUUUAUAUCAAGAAGACCUUCACAGACUGGAAAGAUUUAUUUUACUACUCAUGGGUGGGGUUUUACACUAGUUCACAAGAGAAAAAUGAUGACUAUUACACGUAUCACUAUGUUGUGAAGUUUGAAAAGAUGGAGGUUGGUAAUGAGAAUUAUGAUAUUUAUCAGUACAAAUCCAAACUGGCUAUUGCGCCCGGAGUACAGAUCCGUUUCCUGAAAGACAAAGGUUCUGAUAAUGUAUUAGUGAAAACUGAGCCAUGGAAGAAUGGUUAAUGAAUCCAUAUAAGCUUUAAAGUAGGAGAAUGUUACACUAACAGUAAAAAUUCCUAUUAACUUUGACUUUAAUGAGUCUUUACAAAUAUACAUCAACAUCUGUAACAAUCUGCUGUCCAUGUCCUGAUAAGAAUGAUCAAUAACACAUUGUUCUAACACGUCAUGCACUGUUAAUUACAGAUCUCUCUAAUACUUAUAUCUUUAUUUGUUUUUAACAAAUACUUAUUCUAGAUAAGAUAAUCUCUU